AUGACCCAAUUUUCUUCUAUCAAUAAGAGAAAAGAAUCACAGGACAAAGACUCUUUGGACCGAAGCAUCAUCGGCGCCAAUCAGACCAUCAUCAAUUCAAAGUUAAAGAUUGCAAAAAUUAACAAUGCAAAUUCUAGCAAUGUCAAUUCAAAGAAACAGGUUAGACUUCCAUCUGCUAGUCCAACAACGGAAUUGUCUUCAAAUGACUCUUCACAAAAACCUGGCUUCAAUAAGAAAACUUCAAAGAGAGGUAAAUCUGCUAAUGAUGUUUCUGAAAGUGCAAAAGGCAAUGAAUUGAGCUACCUGCUGGAUAUGGAGAACAACUUUGAUGAAUUCUACAACAAGGUCAUUUUGAAGAUUGUACAAGAAAAUGAAGGAGUUGAUUCACUUAUACAAGCACUAAAAUCGUUUAAGUUGGAUUUGUGA